UAACAAACACAAAAUAUGGCUAUUCACUGUACUUAACUAUUCAAGAGAGUUAGUUUAUUUUGUCUGGGGGUUAAAAAGAUUUUUCGGAUUACAAGAACCAUCCGAGUUCGGAGUAUAAGAGAACCUCCGAUUUAGCAGAGAGCUUGGCGGAUAAGCGCACCAACUAGAGUGGAGUUUAUGGAUGUCAAAGCUCUCCAACAACUCGACUUUUUUCCAGUUUUGUACGUCUUUUUAUACCCGAUUUUUAACAUGUAACAAGUCAGAAAAGUCGUAAAACUAAAGAAAAGGAAAUGCAUCUCUACGUAAAAAUGUGUAUGUACAUACAUUUUAUAUAAGUUGCAUUGGUCAAAGAUAACAAUGCUAUACGCACUAAUAUAUAUACGUAACUUAAAGAAGAGUUGUUUCUAAAAUAACACUGUUUCACUAAAAGGUUUUUACGCGUUUCCUGGAACUGAAAGUAAGAGUUGGACAGAUUUACUGUCUUUGUCCAGUUGAACUAACCUAUCCUAACCUAAUAUUAUAUAGGAUUUUGUAUGCAUACAAAAUCCUAUGUAACUACAUAUACCAAUAACCUAGCAUUUAUGUAAUAUUACUUAUUCUCUAUAACUCUUUCUUAAUCUAUGAAACUACAUAUAACAGCUAGCCCGGUGGGUGACGGGCUUAUGUACAUAUAUGCUAGCAUAUAUGUAUGUCCAUAAAUGUCCGUAGAUUACUUCUUGGUUGAGCCUUGGUUGAGGGUACUUCUGUAGAAACUUAAGUUUUGCGCAUCUAGAGGUUUAGGUGAUCUACCUAGAUAUGUUAAAAAGUGGCGUAACAGAUGACAAGAAUACGGGCUUGGUUGAGACUUUGGGUUGGAGUGCACCAAACCGUGCGCACGAAAUUCCCCAACAUUGAGCUUUUUUCCCACCCAAAAAAUUUUUUCAACUUGCCCCAAAAGUGUCUCAGGGUGCCGCAAAAUUUUUUCAACUUGCCCCAAAAGUGUCUCAGAGUGUCCCAAAAUUUUUUCAACUUACCCCAAAAGUGUCUCAGGGUGCCCCAAAAUUUUUUCAACGUGCCCCAAAAAUGUCUCAGUGUGCCCCAGAAUUUUUUUCAACGUGCCCCAAAAAUGUCUCAGUGUGCCCCAAAAAUGUUUUCAACCUUGUGUGAUAUUAUAUCACUGAUAUAAUAUAAAUUUAUGGAUGUGCCUUUACUUAUUUGUAUAUUUACAUACCUAUGUUGUGUUUUUAUAAUUUUUUGUUAACUAGCUGGAUGGAUAAGAAUAAUUCUCCACAUUCCCGCCAUAUUGGGCAGGUUAGGAUUUUUAUCCACCAACUUUUGGAAGCUUUGACGUUCAUUCACGGUCAAAAAAUAGUCCACCGGGAUAUAAAUAAAACCUGCCAAUAUCUUUCUUAAGAAGAUGGCGGGAGUCUUGGAAAAUCUUGACCUAGUCUUGGGAGAUUUUGGUUUAGGCCGCGAACUAAAAGAAGGUGCGGAUAAGUGCACUACAGUCAGCGUGGGGGCGAAACGGUACCGCAGUCCGGAAAUGGUCCUGGGGCAGGGGAACUACAAUGAGAAAACGGAUGUUUUCUCUGCUGCCGUUGUCUUUAUUGAGCUAAUUCUUCCCGGAGGAAGUAUCGAUGGAAUGACAAACAUUAAGGCAGAGGUCCUUGACCUUUUGCAACAACCAAAGAACGGGAUGGUAUUCUCAAAAUUGUAUGCCGACCAGUAUCCCUUGGAAUUAAAACUUUGCCAAAAAAUGGCCGAGUACUACCAGGAAAAGAGAUAUAGCUCUAGCCAAGCCCUGGAUCGGUUUCUUGAUAGAGAAAUGUUUCUACAAGAAUUGGAGACCGAAAAAAAAUUUGAGGCAAUGGUUCGAUACAACGUUCCGUUCCCUCGCUGGAAAUUUUUUGGUCGGGAUGCCGAAGUAAAGAAACUGGAAGACUGUUUAAUUCUGCAAAAUUUCCAGUCAGUUUGGAUCGAUGGAAUUAUCGGUUCAUGAAAAACCGAGCUUGUGUCUACCUUCUCAAGUAGAAAUCUGGUUCACGCCAUUUGGUUAGUUGGAGAUGUGGUGGAAGCUAUUAAGGAAUAUUUAAAGGAUGAGAUGGAAAACGGAAUUGAGAAUUAUUUAGACAAAUUCGGAGAAAAGUUAAAAAAUGUACGUUUAAUAAUUUUUUUAAAUACUUAACUAAAGUAGCUAGUAGUUCUUAAAUAUUGAUUUGUUUAAUUUCCAUGAAAAUUGAACACUUUCUAAAUUUGUGUUUAGGUCAAGAAUAUCGAGCCCUCACUCCCUCUCAUGAUAGUGCUUGAGGACAUUGACGAAGAAAAUAUAUUCGUCUCGAUUUCCUCCUUACUGUCUGUUGGGGAUGUUGUUUCCAAUUUUUAAAGGCUUUGUGUGAGCUUAGUUUUUAAGUCGUGAUGGUGUAGACUUGUGCUAAUUUAUGACUUGAAAAAUGAUGGAUAAUUGUGGGCGUAAGUAUGUGUGACAAUGAGGCAGAGUGAGACUUCGAAAUAUUUUGCUGUACCACAAUUUAAUGUCUGGCUUGAGUGAGUACUUGAGUUACACUCCAUGAUUAUUGUACAAAAUUGACAAAUGUACCAAAAUGUAGAGAAUAGAAGAAACUCCCACAAAUUAUGGAGAUAUCACAAAAAUAGAAUUGAAUAAUGACCCUUAAGGCAUGUACAUACUUGACAUUGACUCGCUGCCUUAAUUAAUGCAUACAAAAAGGUUAGGUUGCACAGGAAAAGAUAAAAAUAAUAUUUAGUCAGAAAUAGAUAAGUCGAUACUAAGAAUGAUGAAAUUAAACAGAAGGGCAGAAAAAAUCUAGUCACGUACAAACUUAUUAAAAUGAGUUACAUGAACCUCAACACUGUCCACCUUUGAAUUUACCACCUUAAUUAUUAUUUCUCGUUAUGGGUAUGAAUCCUUCGAUGAAUAAGUGCCGGACAUGAACGAGCCAUCCGUUCAAAUUAAUCUGGAUUCACUAAGUCCUGAAGCUGCCAUCGAGUUGUUGCAAAGUUGCUUAGACCCGUAUGUCAAUAUUCAGGAUAAAGAUUACGAUGAAGUUACAAAACUGAGUGAGAUUUCGCCCCACCUUUACCACCACCCUGGUCUAAUCAGGGCAUUUUGCGACGUAUUUAAAGAAACGCAAGCCGCACAAAACCUCUUAUCCUUGAAUUCGUCUGUUUACAUGUUACCGAAACAGAAGGAAGAUCUCCUUUACUCAAAGGGAAAACAAAAUAGUUUGCUCGAAGAAUGGGAAAAGUUUACAUUGAAAGCAUUUCAAGCCGAGCCGGAAUCUCUUCGAACCGAAUCGAACCGAACAUCAACAUCCCCGCACCUAUGCGCCACUCUGGGCGAAGUCGGUCAAGGGUACUUCGGCCACCGGAAGGAUUUUGAUGCGACGAUUUCUCCGAUUCGCUUCACACCUUAAUGCAAUACCGCCUUAUAAAAUCGAGUUGCGUCGAUAUGUACCGGAGGAGCGUGCCUGUGUUAAAAAUCCAUCCACUAGUGCGACAGCUGGUUAUGGAACAGCUGGAAGGUGUCCACGGAGAAAACUUCUUAAAUAGGAUGUUCUCCAUUAGAACCAUGGAGGGCUUGGAAGAUUCAAAUGGACCACCAGCCGUACUUUGUGCCGUGUGGGAGUGGUGUCUAACAGCCAAGACGAAAGAGUGGAGACAAACACAAGACUUUAGAGAAGCCACUGUCGCCAUUGUCAAACGAUGUCGCCAUCUCCCGCUUUCCCCUUACUCGAAAGAAAUUUUAAAUAAACUGGAGCUGUCGGAAUAUAUUUUUUUGGACGAAGUAAAAGAAGCGUUUGGACAAGACGACUUGGCCCUUCGGAUCCUUCGGUGCCACAGCCUUCUUAAGAAGUUGAAGGAAGAUGGUAGUUACCUUAAGCCGAAGCAGGGUUGUUUUGAGAAUUUUAUUACCUUAUCUUACUCCCUUAGGGGAGUGAAAACCUUAAAAGUAAAGCUUUGCAAUGAAGCUUGCACUCUUCUAGCCUUGUUUUUCAUGUACCCAAAGUUGGCGCCCCUUGACAAAAUUCUGUCCUGGAUACUCCAAAAUCUUAAUAGUGGAGCGACCGGUUUCGGACUGGAUUUUGUAAUUAUCGCG